CCUGAAGCGGACCUUGCUGCAUAACAAAUGGUUGUCUGAACUGGUUCUCCCCACCAUUUCAAAUUCAACAAUCACUCCAACUCUGAAAUGCAGACAUGGAUUAAUGGAUGCAAAUAGGUAAGUGUCUUAAUGUGGCGACACAGUGAAAGCAAUCGUGUUAACAGUGGAAAUCUAGCCAAAUAAAUUUAGGAGGACAAAAUAAGUGCAGUCAGACUCCUAACAGACAUAUACUGUAUUUUUUGCUCUAUAAGACUCACUUUUUCCCUCCUAAAAAGUAAGGGGAAAUGUGUGCGUCUUAUGGAGCAAAUGCAGGCUGCACAGCUAUCACAGAAGCCAGAACAGCAAGAGGGAUUGCUGCUUUCACUGCGCAGCGAUCCCUCUUGCUGUUCUGGCUUCUGAGAUUCAGAUUUUUUUUUUCUUGUUUUGCUCCUCCAAAAACUAGGUGCAUCUUAUGGUCUGGUGCGUCUUAUAGAGCGAAAAAUACGGUACUUCUAUGUUAAUAGCAGAUCUUAACAGAAUCAAAAGCCACCAGCAUCUGAACCUGUUUCCAAAUUCUAGCAACCCACACAAGUAGAGUAGAAAGUUACCUUUGUGCUAGAAUUGACACAAAAUUGGGGAAUGUAGGAGGGCAGGGGCCUCAGUAAAAUAUUCACCAGAUUUGAAUGUUUUUUAGUCUUCCCAAUCAUGGGCAAUGUGGUUCCUUUUCAUAUAAGUGAAGGAAGGGAAUAAACACUAAAGUAAUGCAUUCAAUACUUAUUACUUGAAAAUGGAUCACCAAGAUGGGAAAUUGUUUCAAGGUAUGUCCCCAAACAUCUAGAAGGUAAAAUUUCAGGGAAGGGGCUUGCAAUGUUCUCAGUUUCUUUCUUUUCUUUUCUUUUUAAAUGGUGGUGAUUUCAAAUUUGCACUCCAAUUUGUUCAAAAUUCACCAGCUCAGCUACACUCUGGGAAUGAACGAAAUAUAUUUCUGCUGAGAAUCCCAUGGAUUGAGUGAGAAUGUUCAAGCGGGUUAAAGCUCUAACCUGUUUGCAAAAACUGCAACACAUAGCGAUUCACAGUGGGCACCAUGUACCAUUAGUUACAUGUGCCCAUCUCAUGCCACGCUUCCUGCAAAAAAAUGCACACCUGUUCCUUGACUCCUUAUCUUUACGAAAGGAUGGACUACUCUUAAAAUAACCUUUGGUUUCUCCAGUUCUUAAUGAAUAAAAAUGUUAAUUAAUAUUUUAACUGUGUUUCUCCAACAUGUAGGGUUGCAGCUUCAGCCCAGAAUAUAUAAACUUUGUUUCUCCAAUACCUUAAUUAAAAGCAUAUGAGGAUGAGGCUUCAAGCUGGAAUCUGAAAGGUUUCUGCUCUGCUGCGCUGUGUUUUUAACUACGGUGUUUGAAACGCUCUUGUUGAUUUAUGCAUUAUAUUUGGCAGUUUGGGUUUAAUUUUCAUGGUUUCGUGAUACUAUAUUGUCCAUCUUUGGAUAGGUAACAAUGAGGUCUGGAACACUUUUUAAAGACAAGCAAAUAAAGAUUGGAACCCCAAUUCUACCUCCCCGGAUUCCAACACUAAGGCAACCAGAAGUAAAAUACUACCUGUAGCUCACAGGCAGAUGAAGAAGAAGAGGAGGAGUACAAACCUUUAUUAGUCACUUCCCAAGCCACUUCGAAGAGUAAUAAAUCCUCCACUGGGAGAUCUUCGUCUUCCCACUGAGGAAGCCCAUUGAGAGAGGUGACGGAGAGCGAUCGUACCAGAGGCAUUGGUGAUGCUGGGGCUAUUGCUUGGGUUACACAGCACAACUCAGUCCUUACAGCCUUUGUGCCUUUUCUUUAAAAAGAUGAUAUUUUCCUCCUGCUGCUGAGAGGAUCUCCUUGCUUAGCACCGCCUGAAAACAAAGCCCAAAGAGGUUUCAAGAAGAAGCGAAACUUGCUCAGAGAGCUUGACGGCUAAUGAGUUUUAGAAAACGGCCUGAGCCACCAGCCUUUAAAUUGGCUCAGCAAAAUCCCCCAGGCUUGUCCGAAGAGGCUUCUGCUGCUGCUGUUAUUGCUGGCUGGAAGGGGGAGGGGGGGGAAUCCAAGCUGUCCGGCGAGGGCAAGAAUAGGCCCCAGAUCAGUAGUAAAGAAUUGCCACCGGACUCAUCGCUCAGCAUUCCUGAAAGCCCCCAGACUCAGGAAUAAGCCAAAGGGCUGUGAAUUGCCUUAAGCCAAUCCCUCGGGGGGGAGGUGCCUGCCUUAAUGCCACCCAGUUGGAGCCCUGCCCAAAUUUCCAGAGAGGCACGUGGAGAAAUCCCAGAUCAAAACUCUUCCCAGAGGUGUGGGAUGUUCUGCACUUCAGCGAUCAUUUUUUUAUUUUUUAAGAGAAGAAUAAUACUUUAUUUAGAAUUCAACAAUAGCAAAGGGAAAAACCACAGCAAUUGUUACAUCAAUUCAUUACAAUUCACCAAUUUUAACAAUAUAUAAAUAGUAAUAGAAAAAUUACACAACAUCACUUUUGACUUACUGAAGUUUUCAUAUUACACUUUUAUCUCUUUAUCUCCUUCUUAACAAAUCAAAAAGAGGAAGACCAAGAAAGGAGGCACACACAAAAAGAGAAAAGGAAGAAGAAAAAGGGGAGGGAAAGGGGGAGGAAAGGAAAAAAGAAAGAAGGGGGGGAACAAAAUAAACACAUUUGACUUCCGAUUAGACUCAUUGUAUUAUUAUUUCUACUAUUUCUACUAUUUUUUCACACACAGUUGCAAAUUAUUGUAUUACUUUCUUUGUUUUCAUCUACACUUCAGUGAUCAAAGGUAAACCUACAUCCCAGGCUGAGGCAAGCAUGAUUUGCAAUCAUUUUGCAAAUCAAGCUGAUGCAAAUAUAUUUGCCAUCUCGGCAUGGUUUAUCCUGCUUAUGGUAGACAUAGGUAAAGGUAAAGGGUCCAGUCGUGGCCGACUCUGGGGUUGUGGCACUCAUCUCACUUUACUGGCCGAGGGAGCCGGCGUACAGCUUCCGGGUCACGUGGCCAGCAUGACUAAGCCGCUUCUGGCGAACCAAAGCAGCACACAGAAAUGCUGCUUACCUUCCCGCUGGAGCAGUACCUAUUUAUCUACAUGCACUUUGACGUGCUUUCGAACUGCUAGGUUGGAAGGAGCAGGAACCGAGCAACGGGAGCUCACCCCAUCACGGGGAUUCAAACCGCCGACCUUCUGAUCUUCAAGCCCUAGGCUCUGUGGUUUAACCCACAGCGCCACCCGCGUCCCUUUAUGGUAGACAUUUGUUGUUGUUUAGUCGUUUAGUCAUGUCUGACUCUUCGUGACCCCAUGGACCAGAGCACGCCAGGCACUCCUGUCUUUCACUGCCUCCCGCAGUUUGGUCAGACUCAUGUUUGUAGCUUUGAGAACUCCGUCCAACCAUCUCGUCCUCUGUUGUCCCCUUCUCCUUGUGCCCUCCAUCUUUCCCAACAUCAGGGUCUUUUCCAGGGAGUCUUCUCUUCUCAUGAGGUGGCCAAAGUAUUGGAGCCUCAGCUUCAGGAUCUGUCCUUCCAGUGAGCACUCAGGGCUGAUUUCCUGAAGAAUGGAUAGGUGUGAUCUUCUUGCAGUCCAUGGGACUCUCAAGAGUCUCCUCCAGCACCAGAAUUCAAAAGCAUCAAUUCUUCGGCGAUCAGCCUUCUUUAUGGUCCAGCUCUCACUUCCAUACAUCACUACUGGGAAAACCAUGGCUUUAACUAUACGGACCUUUGUUGGCAAAGACCUUUGUUGCUAUGCCAUGGUAGACAUAGCAUGGAGCAAAAGGCAAGGCUACUGGAGAACAGAUAAGGAAGAGAGGCUGUGGCCCUCAAGGAACAGCCCUGCACGACACACUAGCCCUGGGGCGCAGGGCCUCCCUGCACAAAAAGAAAGGGGGAGGAAAGUGGAACACAAGGAGUCCCGAUUUUUUUUACAUCCCCAUCUAAGCUUGCCCCUUUCUAAAAUGUAUUUAUUGGUGUGUGCUUAGGGGGCGCCAAUUUUGCGUGCUUUUCUUUUUGUAAAUCUACUGAAGAAUAAAAUAAAAUAAGGAUUUAGGGAUUUUUCUCAGGACGGUGGAGGGCGUGUGUGCUGUGUCUCAUUGAUGUCGUGAUGGUGGCACUCACCCUUUUUCUGAUAGGAAAUGUUCUCUGCAGGGUGGAAGGAUGGGGAAAAAAUAGGGGACUGAGGAGGAUCAGUAGGGAGUGAGUGAGAAAUGUCCCUAUUUUCAUCUGAGGAAUGUUGGAGGGUGUGCAUUGAAUUACAGCAUGUUUAUCAGGGUGCAAAAGAGCUAACAUCAUAGAUACAGUGUUUUCUUAAAAACCACUGCAACAGGAAAUAGUCCCGUUGUUCUCUGGAGAUCAGGACACACAGAAAGGUUUGACGCAGACAGUGAGAGCUGGAAUAAAACUGAAAUGGAAGAGUAGAGGUAAAGCUAAAGGGACCCCUGACCAUUAGGUCCAGUUGUGGCCGACUCUGGGGUUGCGGUGCUCAUCUUGCUUUAUUGGCCGAGGGAGCCGGCGUACAGCUUCCAGGUCAUGGGGCCAGCAUGACUAAGCCGCUUCUGGCGAACCAGAGCAGAGCACGGAAACGCCAUAUACCUUCCCGCUGGAGCGGUACCUAUUUAUCUACUUGCACUUUGAUGUGCUUUUGAACUGCUAGGUUGGCAGGAGCAGGGACCGAGCAAUGGGAGCUCACCCUGGCAUGGGGAUUUGAACUGCCAACCUUCUGAUUGGCAAGUCCUAGGCUCUGUGGUUUAACCCACAGCGCCACCCGGGUAGAAGAGUACCAUCUCUGAAAUCAAGUCUUCACCAGCCUGGUUCCGUCCAUAUGUUUUGAACUACUACUCGGACUGAUAGGAGUUGUCAUCCACAACAACUGGAGGAAACCAGAGUGGCGAAAACCAUCUUAGAUUAGGGUUGCCAUACAUUGGCAGGAUCCGGCCGUCGGAAGCAGUGUCCGGGUGGGAAUCACUAGAAUGUCCAGGAAAAUCCAGAUGUCGAGUUUGGUGAAUUUCCUUUAAAAUAGUUCAAAAACUUCUCUCUUUUUUGAGAUUAUGCACGAAAAGCUCAAAAACCUUUGUGUCCAGAUUUUCACUUUUUGAAAUUUGGCAACCCUAUCUUAGAUCAUCCACGGCUAGCAAGCUAAAUGAAGAGGGGUCCCUCCAGCGGACUAUGGAUGUAAAAUAAUAUUUUCUUUGACUCUCAACAUAGUAUAGUUUUUUGUUUUGUUUUUAAGUGUGCAUAUAUUUAGGACACAAACUGGAAAUCAAUGACUGUAUCUCCUGAUCCUAAAUAAUAAAUAAAUAAAAACAUAUGAAGAGGUGAGAGGGAGAGGAUUGGAUUGGAUUUGGUAAAUGACGUUGGGUCUGUGGGGCUAAACCUUUCUUUCUAUUUUCUUUUAUGUAUUUAUUACCCAAGGAGCUCAAGAUAGCAAAUAUGGAUCUCCUCCUUCUCAUUUCCUCUGAAGACAGUUUGGAAAGUUCAGAAACUUUUGAUCUAUAAAGCCUUAAAUGACUCAGGACCACAAUACCUCAAGGACCACCUCUUUCCAUAUGAACCUACCCAGACCCUGAGAUAAUCUUCUGAGGCCCUUCUUCAUGUGCCUCCUCCUCGAGAGGUCCAGAGGGUGGCAAAACGAGAACAGGGCCUUCUCUGCAGUGGCUCCCUGUCUGUGGAAUGCUCUCCCCAGGGAAGUUCACCUGGCGCCUUCAUUAUACAGCUUUAGGCACCAGGCAAAAUCGUUCCUUUUUAACCAGGCCUUUGGUUGACCUGAUUGACAUCCUACACCCUUUUAAAAUGUGGCUCUUGGGGAGGGGUGUUAUUGGGUUGUUGUUUUUAUUUUGAUUAUAUAUUUUGUGGUUUUUAUGUUGAUCUUUUCUGUGAACCACCCUGAGACCUCCGGGUAUAGGGCGGUAUAAUAAUAAUAAUAAUAAUAAUAAUAUUCCCUCACAACAACCCUGCGGGGUAGGUUAGGCUGAGAGACUGUGAAGGGUCCAAGGCCACCCCAUGAGCUUUAUGGCCGAGUGGGGAUUCAAACCCUGGUCUCCCAACUCCGAGCCCAACACUCUAACCACUAGGCUACACAGGGUCUCAUAGCAUUUCCAUCAAGAAAAUUCCCUACAUGAAGAUGCUAUCAUCCAUGUUGGUUGGGGCAGGGGGAAGACGUAUAGUAUAGCUACCUUGCUCUCUCCCUUCCCCUCCCAAGGAUGGUUAUACUGGUGGGAAAAGCCCAAGAAGACAUCAAUAAUCAUCAUCAUAAUAAUCUUAUUUAUUAUUUAUGCCCUCAGCCUCCCUUUUUGGGGUUAUUCUUCCUCUUAGACAAGACGGCCCACUCCAGUUUUAGGGUGGUGCAAGCAGCCGCCCCGCACAGGGCUGAGGGGGCACAAAAUAUUAUUAUUAUUAUUAUUAAUAAUAAUAAUAAUGCAAUAUUUAUUUAUUUAUUUAUUUAUUUAUUUAUUUAUUUAUUUAUGUAGGUAGGUACCUACUCUAGGGGGGGCAAUUUUGUCCUUGCUCAAUGCGCCAUAUUACUAUCCUCGCUAUAAAGGAGGUCGUACAGGUACCCUUGGUGCAAAAUGCAUAAGAAAACACAUCAAAUCAACAGAGGAUUUGCAGAAGAGCUGAGGGAACUCCAAAAAAAUGUAUUUGUGAAAAAUUGUGUUAUAUGUUUUUAUAUUUUUGUAUUGCAAAAUGAAUAAAAAAUAAUUCAAAAAAAAAAAGAAAACACAACAAAUCAACUCAAGAAACAAGAUUAAGGGUACAUAUUGAUAUAGGAAUGUAUUAGAUAAAAUGUAAAGAAAUCUACAAUAAUAAGAGUACAUUCAUUUGUAAAAAAAGAAUAUACAGCGAGAUUGAUAGGAAAACCGUAGUGUUGGUACAAAUAUUAUUUUGAAAUGCCUUUAUGUCUUUGUUUUCUUUUUUCUUUCUUUAGCUACAUAAAUUUGGCAUAUAAACUUUGUAUGCAUGCUGGAAAUUAUAUUAUAAUAUGCCCUGUAAUGUAAUAUGAUAAUGUAUACAUAUGUGACAUAAGAACGUUAAUAAAUUUAAAAAGGGGGGGGGGGGGAGAUAAAAACAAGAAAACACAUCAAGGGUUUUCAUUGCUUUGGCAUACCAGCAGAGGUCACUACACACCCAUUUAAACCUAUUGCCUUACCACUGGAGUCUUGCAACCUUUCUGGUCCUGAAUUAUAGGGGAAGGAUCAGAUGUAGCUCAGUGAAAGGGCCGCGACUUUGCAUGCAGAAACUUCCAGAGUCAAUCCCUGACCUCUCCAGGUAGGGCCAAAAUCAUGGAGAAUUUCUUCUGCCAGUCAGUGUAGAUGGACCUAUGAGCCUUGUGAUACGUGCUGCAGAAGGAUGGCUGGCGGAAAAACGACUUCUAUAGAUUUAUGCCAAGCCGCUUUCGAUGUCAGCCUAAAUCUCUCCCUUCCACCACUCCCAAGUUGCAUUCCUUUUUUGUCAUCUAAGUGCAUCUAGCGCCAUCGGUGAUGACUUUCCUAUUGAAUUCUCUGAUAGGAACAGGCCUUUUAGAAGAUCUGUGGAAGCAAUUUCAUCACAAAGCACAAAAAAACCAUAAGUAGCGAUCCCAGUAGCCAAGGUCCCAGGCCACAGAGAGGUUAGGCUGGCCUCAAUUAGAACCAGGGCUUUUUCAGCUGUGGCUCCAAUCUGGUGGAACGCUCUGUCACAAGAGACUAGGGCCCUGCGGGACUUGACAUCUUUCCACAGGGCCUGCAAGACAGAGCUGUUCCACCAGGCCUUUGGCCAGGGCACAGCCUGACCCCCUCCUUUGGCAAUCUUCACAGAACUUUAGCCUAAUGGUUGCCAUCAAUUUGAGUUGAAUUAAUUUUAUAAUGAAAUGAUUUUAGAAUGUUGUACUAUUUUAUUGUUGUUAGCCGCCCUGAGCCCAGCUUCGGCUGGGGAGGGCGGGAUAUAAAUUAUUAUUAUUAUUAUUAUUAUUAUUAUUAUUAUCAUCAUCCAUGUUGGUUCAUUAGAGAGAGAGAGAGAGAGAGAGAGAGAGAGAAAGUCCAAAAGCCACAAUAGGGCAAAAUGUUGCCACCAAUGAAUACGUCACAAAAAGGUGAGCAAGGUUUUGAGAUAUCUGGGGCAAUUCUUCUGGCAGGACAUCAAACAAAGAAACCAGGAAAGGGAGCAGGAGCGGGGAAAGCUAGAGAUGGAUACAAAGGAUUUUUUAAAUUAAAUGCUAAUGGUGCAUUCUGGACCAAAACUUCCUCAACAGUGUCCUGGCAGGUGUCGUCUGCAAGAAGAUGAACCGAGAAACAGGUGAGAAGGGCUCUUUUGCAGAAACACUCUGAACUGCGAUCAAACCUUAGGAACAAAGGACACAGCCUUGGACCGAGCCAGACCAUUAGUCCACUCAGUUCAGGACCACCUGUCGGCAUGCAGAGGGUCGCAAGGCCAGCUGGCUAGCCCCAGCUGGGUUGUCUCCUUCCAGCCGUCCCGCUGCGAAGACCCAUCGGCCUCUGCUCCGACGUAAAAGCCAGGGCACACUAUCAGCAGAUCGAACUGUGCACACAGAAUAGGUGUGAGGCUUGCGAAAGCAUACUACAACUACAGAUUUAUUAAUCAUAAAUCAGGACGAAGAAACGUAUCAUCUCUCUCUACAUCUUCUCAGAGAGACAGAAAAAACAAAAGCUAUACACACAAUGUUAAAGCUAUGGUUUUCCCAGUAGUGAUGUAUGGAAGUGAGAGCUGGACCAUAAAGAAGGCUGAUCGCCGAAGAAUUGAUGCUUUUGAAUUCUGGUGCUGGAGGAGACUCUUGAGAGUCCCAUGGACUGCAAGAAGAUCAAACCUAUCCAUUCUUAAGGAAAUCAGCCCUGAGUGCUCACUGGAAGGACAGAUCCUGAAGCUGAGGCUCCAAUACUUUGGCCACCUCAUGAGAAGAGAAGACUCCCUGGAAAAGACCCUGAUGUUGGGAAAGAUGGAGGGCACAAGGAGGAGAAGGGGACGACAGAGGAUGAGAUGGUUGGAUAGUGUUCUCAAAGCUACCAGCAUGAGUUUGACCAAACUGCGGGAGGCAGUGGAAGACAGAAGUGCCUGGCGUGCUCUGGUCCAUGGGGUCACGAAGAGUCAGACACGACUAAACGACUAAACAACAACAACAUACACACAAUGGAAGUUCCCAGCAUACUGUGCUGGAAUGUAAACAGACAUGUGACACGCAACAGUUCCACACGUCUGCUCCUUAAGGUGGAAUGGAAAUCUCAACACCACCUACAUUGACUGGCAGUGGCUCUCGGGAUUCCAGGCUGGGUCCAUUCCAAGCUCUACCUGGAGACACUGGGAAAUGAUCCUGGAACCUUCUGCAUGCAGGUGCAUUCAGGUCCUAUUUAAUGAUGCUGAAGGGUGAGACUAUAUGUGUCCAUGUGGGCAAGGGAUAUUGGAUAUACUAUACAAUUGGCAUCAUCGGAAAAGUUAUGGAGGGAAGAUUUAAAAUUCACAGCAUGUUGUAUGCUGAAAGAGAAGUAUAGGAAAACGAUGUAUCGCUGGUACCUAACUCUUACUAAACUAGCUAAAAUGUAUAGAACUAUAUACAUUAGCUAUAAAGAGAAAGAAGGCACAUUUUGCCACAUGUGGUGAAGAUGUAAAAAAGCAAAGGUAUAUUGGGAAAUGAUUUAUAAUGAGUUGGAAAAAAUGUUUAAAAUUACUUUUGUAAAAAACAACAACACCUCAAGCUUUCUUACUAGGAAUAUUAGGUCCAGAAAUACCUAAGGUUCAGAAGAGACUAUUUAUGUAAGCUACAACAGCUGCACGGGUGCUACUUGCCCAAAGAUGGAAUGAGGACAAUCUACCUACAAAAGAAGGAUGGCAGGUAAAGAUGAUGGACUACGCCAAAUUGGCAAAAAUGACUGGGAAAAUCAGAGAUUAAGAGGACAAUAAAUUUGACAAAGAAUGGCGAAUUUUAAAAAAGUUAUUCAAAAGAACACUGUAAACAACUGAAAACAUUGGCAGGAUUUUGAAAACACUUGCGAUGAAGAGAGAACGAUGAUAAAAAUUGAGUUUUAGGAAAAUAUGGAGAAUAUGACACGAUGCAGUUUGAAAAGAAUAUCUGGGGAAACCAUGGAGGGAAGUUUGGAGAUUCUGAGAAUCCUAUUUGUAAAAUGAUUAUGAUUUGUGUAUGAUGAUAAAUGCUAAAAGUGAAAAUGAAUUUUAAAAAAGAAAAGAAUACAUGUGUCCAUGAGCCCUUUGAUAGCUUGUGCAGGAACAAGUCAGCGGGCAGAACAGGGUCCUUCAGUCCCUGCUAGCUUCAAAAUAUGCCCCUUAUCCAAUGUGUGCUGGUGCGUCACAAGGUCAUUUUUGAUAGGGGAACCAAUGUCCCCACUGUGGAAGGACAUGUGGAUCCAGAAUUGGCCUCCACAGUCACUUAUGGACUCAUUGUUAAAACCGUGUUUAUGGAAGACAAUCUUACUCAGCUGUGAGUGAUCGCUGAAGAAGAAAAAGAAGAAGAAGAGUUAAGCAUGGACAAUAAGUUUUCUUAGGAUGAGAGUCCUGGUCCUGUUGAGUUCAAACUUAUAGCUGAAUUCUCAGCUGAGCCCGAGGAAACGGCCAGAGUUUUACUGCACUGCAAACACUGUUCAGCAGGCGGCGCUGUUGUUAUGAUGAUGAUCAGUGCUGGAUUGUUUUGUGGGAGCAAAAGAGGGUUCCACUUUAUUCUUGCUAUUAAAUCAUGGUUGGUAUGAACCUCACAGCUUCAUGAAGCCUACAAAAAGAGGAUGGGCAAAACAGUCUUCUUCACAGAGGGCUGCUGCUUCGAGAGAGAGAAGCGCGAGAGAGGCAGAUACUCGUUGACUAAGGUGAGUUCUUUGUACUCUGAAGGGCUAAGAAUCUGGCAUCCAUAAGGACCAACUGCAAAAAUUCUCAAGGCAGAAUUAGUUCCUGAAUGUUAUUUCAUGCAUUCGCUGAGAGGAGUUUAUAGAAUGACUCCAGAGGCAAGGUGCCAGUCCUGAAAUUGCAUAUAUUCUAUAACAUUUCACGUCUCUUGCAUUUUCUAACUUUACUAGAACUUCCCUUUCUGCCGGACUUUCUGUUGCAGUCCAUUCUGUCAAAACCUUUUCUUUUCUUCCUCGAGAUUUUCUCAUUGCACUCUGUUUACCAUUCUAGUGCAACCUUUCUGUCUAUUUCUCCCAUUCUUUCUUGCCCCUUUCCCUAGCUUUAUUUAUUUGUUUUCAUUCAUUCAUUCAAAUUCACACCUGAGUCAGUUAGAAAGAGCUUUAGGAAAAGUUCUGUUAGAGAAAUACAGUAAUGCAUCACUUUACUUGUGUGUACUUUGUCUAGCAUUUCACGAUCUGUUUGCCGCUUGUAAAAUGCAAAAACUAAAGACAUAAUGAGAAUGAAUGACUGCAGAUAUGAAUGAGAUAGGUGUGGGGAAAGCAUUUUUCAUGAUAAAAGUCUGUAAGCAUUGCCAGUGCUUUCUCUGGGGGGACGCAUACCCCUAAACAUUUUGCAAAUCUAAGUUUGGCCUCAUUGAGGGGCAGUAUUUCAAUAUGAGUAGGAAAAUGCCGAGUACCCCUAAACAUUUUUUUAGAGGGGAAAAAAGCACUGAGCAUUGCUAUUUAUUUGUUAUGGUCUAUAACCUGCCUUUCCAAAACUACACAAACACACACACAACAGAGAGAGAAUUCAAGGUGUCUUAAUGGUUUGUUGGAAUUAGCUACUUUCCAGAUGACAAUUAAGUAAGACUGGGAAAGUUUUGAAAACUUAUGAGCACCAGACCAGUAUAGUGAAAAGAGUAUAAUAUAUAACAGACUCCGGUUCAAAUCUUUGCUUAGCUGUGAACUCAUAGAAUGUCUGCCAGUUGUUUUUUUUAACCCCCCUUUUUUUUGCAAUGUUAACAAACAAAGGUAAGGGAGGGGAAGGGAGGAAAAAGAAUGGAAUGCAAUAAAAUAAAAACAAAGACAUCAUGUAUAAAUAAUACUAACUGUAACAAAAACAAAACAAAAACAAGCUUUUGCCAGAUUGACCUAUAGCACAGAAUCAUUGUGAGAAUACCAUGGUGUAUACCCAGAUUCUCCCUGUACAUGGCUCUGAGUUCCUUGGUUAAAGAUCAGAACCCAGAGGAACCCAGGAAGCUGCCUUCUACCAAGUCAGAUCGUUGGUCCAUCUGGGUCAGUAUUGUUUGCUCUGGCUGGCAGCAUCUCUGCGGAGUUUCACGGAGGUAGUCUUUCCCAGCCUUAUCUGGAGAUGCCAGGGAUUGACUGACAGAGCCGAUGACCCACCACUGAGCUGCGACUCUUCUCCUUUGCAAAAUGCGGUAAGAUGAAGAGGCUUGUCACUAACUCGCCUUCUGUCUUCUCGCCUUUCCUCACUCCGCCGACCCUUACGAAUCAGGACUGUGACAUGAUCAGGCUUUUGCUUUUGUCGUUCCUGCUGGCAGUCAUCGGUCAGAAUGGGACUUGGGGAAAACCUGUUCACGGGGACAUCAGGUCCAUCCUGCAGGUUGAUUUUUCAGGUAUGCCUUUCAUCUUAUUUAUCCAUCUGUCUGUCCUGCCUACCUUGUCUCUCCGCUGGUUCUCUUAUUCCCGGGUUGUGGUUGUUCUAUUCUCUCAACCAUCUAACUCAGCACCCCCAACCUGUGGCCUUUCAGAUGUUUUGGCCUACAACUCCCAUGAUCCCUAGCUAACAGGACCAGUGGUCAGAGGUGAUGAGAAUUGUAGUCCAAAAAUCUGGAGGGCCGAGGUUUGGGGGUGCCUGAUCUAACCCUAACCCUAAGGGCAUAGCAGCUUCUAGACAAAAGUCAGCUCAUUCUGAUCUCUUGCCAGUUCAGGUCACGGCAAGCUGGUCACGCGCUUCGCAGCCAUCUUAAAUGUGGGACUAGGAUGCGGGUGGCGCUGUGGGUUAAACCACAGAGCCUAGGACUUGAAGAUCAGAAGGUCGGCGGUUCGAAUCCCCGCGACGGGGUGAGCUCCCAUUGCUCAGUCCCUGCUCCUGCCAACCUAGCAGUUCUAAAGCACGUCAAAGUGCUUUCCUGCUCCGGCGGGAAGGUAAACAACAUUUCCGUGUGCUGCUCUGGUUUUCCAGAAGCGGCUUAGUCAUGCUGGCCACAUGACCCGGAAGCUGUAUGCCGGCUCCCUUGGCCAAUAAAGCGAGAUGAGCACCGCAACCCCAGAGUCCGUCACGACUGGACCUAAUGGUCAGGGGUCCCCUUUACCUUUAGAGAUGAGUGGGUUUGCCCAAAUUGGAAUCCAUUCUCUCCUUCCGGAACAUUCCCCAGCUGUUAGCUCCUAUGGUCAGUGGUGCAGCAUGUAGCGUGCCCCCUGAUAGGCUCCCUCAUCGAGGCCAGAGCUGUGGGGAGACAAGCUGCGCCCGGGCCUUUGGGACUGGGCCAGUAGUGGUGCCUCCUUCUCCUCAUGGCUGGCAAAGGGGCGACCAUGUCCACCCCACCCCUGGUCUGUCCAAGAGGGGGCAGAGGGAGGGCGCCAGCGCCGCCCACCGAGGAGAGAGGAAGAGGAAGGCAGGAAAGCACUGCCAGAGCCACAUGAGUUGCCCAGGGUGCUGCACUGCAGAGACAGGAUCCGACACAACAGCGCUCCUGGCUUCACGUUUCUGUGAUCCCAGGUUGCGGCUAGUUUGCAAGGAGAGACUCCCUUCAUUAGAUGCUGGCCGCCGAAGGGACUAACUACUGCCCAGUGCACCAGGGAGUGCGACACUUGCCCCAGCCCGGGUGCCAGCAACCCACGCUAUGCCCCAAGUCACCUGUGCUUGGCUGACUGUUUUGCCUAACAAGGCCGGACCUUUUUGGCAGGAUAGACUACGUAAGUUGCUCCUCUGUUUGUCCAGAUCUUACAACCAUGGAAAUACCAAACUGGGGUCAUUCCACUCAACCACAAAUACCACUACAGGCUAAUUGUUCCCGAGUUUCCUCCUAGACGCAGCAGAUCCAGCCAACGAUUUCCAAGCCAAGAGGAAUUCUUAUCACGCUGCCCGAGGCCCUGAGGUUCUCAACCCGGCAGACCCGUCCAGCCUUUGCUACCUCAUCCAAGAGAGCGAUACUGAGAGCCAGAUCUCUUGCAGGCUCCGCUUCACCAGGAGCAAAUUCAAUUUCAACCCUUUCGGACUGCGAUUCGGGAAACGGCAGGGGGGCGUCUUGGAUGCCGAUACCGGGAAACUGGGUCCCCAGAGCAGCAGCAGCAAAAUGCUGCAGUCCCUGCUGAAACCCAAACUGGACAGGAUGAUAGAGCUGUGUGGGGAGAUGUGGGGAGAAGAUUGUUAAGCUUUGCAAAGCAAAUCCAUUCCAGGGGCCAGGCAUUUGUAGCACAGAUAUCAAUAACUGAGUUAGGGAAACGAUUUCAGGCACCCACAAAGAGCCCUUAAAAAAACACAAAACAAAAAAAACACACUGUUGAAACCAACAAAUCAGGCAAACUACAAAUUCUGGCCCUAAGAAUAAUCUAGAAUAUAUUCGGCCCUGGCUGAGGUUAUUAAAUAUCCCCUGCUUUCAAAAAUGUAUGUGCUUCUGCUUGGGUGCCUCUUCUCAUAAAAGGAACUAUUAUUAUUAUUUUGUCAGUUAAAAAGGACUUAAAAGUCCUUCUAAUUACAUGCCGUGUGUCUUUUCUUUACGAAGGAGGCUAUUGUCCCGCUUUUAAAAUAGACCAAAAUCUUCCAGAGUAUGUGUUGUUUUUCCUGAAGGAGAUACUCUGCUUGGGUGGCUAUUUAUACACCACCAAAAAAGGAGAGAGAAAAUGCAUCACCACAGCUAUGCACAAAAUUUGAAUGAGUUAAUUUAUAGGUAGAUGUGCAAAAUUAGAAGGGGGGGGGGGAAUUAAUGUGAUUUAAAUAGAAAUAAAAUUCUUCUCCCUUAAGUGGGGCACACACAGGUAACCUGUCUGCAGACGUUCCUAGUAUAGUAAGAAGUUCUGAAUUUCUAUUCAAAGAAAUUGUUGAUGGACAACUGUCUUCUGUAAAGCAGGACAAAUGGCGACCCUUCAUUCUAUACCUUUAUGCCUCCUUUUUAAUUUAAAAAAUGAGGUGCCAGUCCCCAUGCCUUGAUAAAAGUGCCACAGUUGCAGAAAGAGGUGCCAUUAUUCCGUACCAGCGAGUACCAUCACAAAAAAGGAUGGCAGAGAAAAACGGCAUUUGUUAAGCAUUGGUGAAUUAUUUAUUUCAUAAAAUUUAUGUACCGCUCGAUUGCAGAACCUUAGGCCUUGUCUCAGGCCUGGUAGUAAAACUCAACAAGUUUGGAGAGCAGAGUCCAGCCUCCACCAUUUACCAUGUAAACCCAAGAAGAACUCAUUUGAAUUUACUUGUAUUCACUGUAUUUUUUGUAACUUAGGCUUAGUUCUCACUGAGGUGAAAAACCUUUGUCCGGGCUGCACAAUGUCAGCCCACUUGUGGAAGCUUAUGUGGCAAAAAACUUCCUCAUAACAAAAACAGUUCCUCCUGUAAGAAAAUGAGAACAUCGGGGGGAAAGUUAAGCUGGCCCCUUUCGUGAUAACAAAUAUUCAGUGUGGAGGCCAUUAUUUCGGGAGGAGAAAGAUUCAAACUGUAUUGCCAUUGUUGUUGAGUCAUUUAGUCAUGUCUGACUCUUCGUGACCCGAUGGACCUGUAGUCAAGACUUAAAUUUACCCUCAGUGGGAACUAGGCCUCAGCACAACCAAUAUUCAAGUUUGCUGUCUCGUCAAAAACGCUUUUUCAUGUGCUAGAAUAUGGCACAAAAGCUGCACGUUUGUUUUCCGACAAUAAAAUGUGUUAUCUGUGUCACAAUAUGGGUGUGAAAAUGGCCAGUGUUGUGACUUAAUUUUCAUCUACAAUGAAGCAAGUGGGAAUCCUGGUUUCACCGUGAAUGAUGUGCACUUGCUUCCCUCAGACUUUUGCCCUCCUUCCAGGAGCAUAAAAGGAUGCUUUACCAAAUUAGACCAUGGGCCCAUCUGGUUCAGUCAUGUCCACAUUGUAUACAGAAUCAGGUCCAGCUCCCUGCAAUGCAGGAAUCAAAACUCUGGCUGGCUCUCCCAAGGUUUCGGGCAUCUCCCUAUCUGGAGAUGUGCUGGACCUGGAGAUGCAAAACAUGCUCUACUAUUGAGCCACAGCCUCUUUCCCAGUUUAUAAAUACAACCGUAUCCUCCCCGCCCCCCAAUUCUGUUUUAUCUAUCCAGGAGUUUUGUCACUGACUAAUAAAGUAUUUGUGAAUCCCUUUUAUCUGCAGUGAACAAGGCAGAAAUUCACCAUUGUUGAGGUUCGGACAGGCCUUUUCAAAACAGGGUCAGAGAGAGGAUUUAUAGAUCCUGGAGGAAAUGACUCAGAUUGUACUUCUUAACAUGCACUGGCUGUCAAGUUUUCCUCUCUGCUUCAUAUGCUACUGGAUCUUAGUGAAAUAAGAUUCAUCUGUGAGACAAUUUACAAAGCACCAACUCAUAAAAAUAGGUCACUGCAUAACAGAACCAUCAGAUUAGCACAGGAUUAUAAAAUACAAAGCAAAUGACCAUCACUGAAUCAAAUUAGUUCUCUAAAAACUCAUGAGAAACACAUGUUUUCAGCAGGAAGUGAAACAGCAAAAUUGUAGGUGCUGAUUUGCUAUCAAUGGGGGAAGUGUUCUGAAAUACUGGUGCCGAGAGUUCACAUGGAAACUAAACAAAUGAGUAGGGCUUCUCCAGAAGAUCAGUGAUCUGGCCAGUGCCUUAAGAGAUAAUAUGGUCCUUCACUUUUUAAACUUACUCCUCUUCCUGACUUAAGCUAGUCCAAGGCCAGGCAUCCCCAAACUCGAUCCUCCAGCAGUUUUGGGACUACAAUUCCCAUCAUCCCUAGCUAACAGGACCAGUGGUCAGGGAUGUUCCAAAACAGCUGGAGGGCCGAGUUUGGGGGUGCCUGGCCUAGGGUGUUUAGGGCUUUGUACGGUGUGGGUUUUAUGGGGUGUUAGAGGAGAGGGCCAGUGCCUCUGCUGGGGGACACACUGUGUUCCUUUGGGGGCAGUUUGUCCUCCUUUGUUCCCCACCCUGAACUCAGCUCUCACCUAUGGCUCCUAGAAACUGACCGGCUGAACCAAGUGAGAGUAGCCAACAGGCCUCAAACUCUUGGUGAAUUAGGGACAUUCCCUGCAUGCAAAGUAAUCUUUUUCGGACAUUUCAAUUAACCUAACCGAAGUCUGUUGAUUUCAAUGGAUCUACAGUGGUACCUCGGGUUACAGACGUUUCA